AUGGAAUAAACUAGGAGUGAUAAAGAUUUCUCUCUAUCUACAGAUAAUGAAAUAGUUUCCAGUUUACCACUGCAGAUGUCCCUCUAUUUCAAUGUUUAUUUUUUCCCAUUUUGGUGGCUCAGCACAGUGGUCAUGCUCCAUCUGAAGUAUCCAGUCUUGUCAGAUUACUACAAGUUCAUCCUGGUCACAAUCAUGAUCCUAGCCUCUCUAAUAGAAGUCAUUCGACUCUACCUGGGAUACAUGGGCAAUCUGCAGGAGAAGGUCCCUGAGCUGGCUGGAUUUUGGCUCCUGAGUCUCCUCCUGCAGUUGCCUAUCAUUCUCUUCCUGCUAUUUAAUGAAGGUCUGAAAAUUCAGCCCCUGGAGCGAGCAGUCCAUAUUGUCUUUGCCCUCUUCCUCACCUUCCAAGUCAUUGCAGCCUUUGUCACCCUGAAAAGAAUGGUAAACAAACUGGCAACUCACUUCCGCCUUAAUGAAUUUGACCAGCUGGAGGAACAUCCUGUGCCUGAUAUUUACAGCCUGGGUAAAGGAGAAGAUAUGUUGCACAUGUUUAAUGUCUGGUACCUCAGUUAA